AGACAAGAAACCCAAUAGGCAGCGUCGUCAAGGAAAUCGUCAUGUCCUCCCUCAGUCUGAUCAUUUCUCUGCCCCACUUCCCUUCUAAAAGCCAAAGCCUCACUUCCACGCUGAACGCCAUGCAUUAAUCUAUUCUUUGUGAGGCGUUAUCUCUCCUCACACUACAAUAUAAUACUUCUUCCUCGGCCAGCUCCUCUGUUCCUCCUCCUCAGCUUUCUGCUUGAUAUUGAAGUCACAGGGGAGAAACAGUACACUGGAAAGAGGAGUUGAAGAAAAAAACAGUGGUUUAUAGUGCUGUAUUGCACACUUGCCCCAGUUAAACAUGUUUGAUUUAGCACGAUUCCGGCUGAAUUCUUAUUGGAAAGAAUGGUUGCAGACGAGUUCCCCAUGCUUUUGGAAGAACAUUUUCAUAUUCCUUAAUCUCUUUUUCCUGGUUUUAUUUUCAGCUCAGUUCAUCUUUAAAAUAAUUCUUGACCGUAAUGCACGAAAAACAAAGUACAAUGAGGAAGAACAAAAAUGUUCAGUAGAAAAAGCUAUUCCUGGAAACAUAAGAGUUGGAAAUUCAUACCAAGUCUGCAAAUGGUCUUGCUCAGCGAUUCUGCUCUGCCAAAUUCUCGAGCUCCUAUUAUUCCCAUCAAAUAAAUAUGACGGUCAAUGUGAACUCUCAGUCAAAUUUUUUUCUGAAAUAAUGAAGGCGCUAUCAUGCAUUAUUAUGCUGGUAGGCAUUUUCACUUUCAGGAGAAAAGCCACCAUCAUAAUCCCCUGGACAAUUAGAUUAUUAUGCCUGAGUAUCUUCCUCGAGUUUGCAACCAGCUUAUUUUUUAAACUGCAGUUUAUCCUUUCACACAAGUUGAAGAUGGGAGCAAGAGAACUUUUAAAUAUGAUUGCUCUCUUUUCCUGCAUGUGCCUGACAGCAAUGUCAGUCAGGGGACAAACAGGGAUCAGCGUCACCUCAAGCAGUGUAAAUGAACCGCUGCUGAAUGGUUCUGUGGAGAAACAAACAGAAACUAAAAGAGAAUGCCCGUAUGGGAGAGCAAGUCUUUCUGAACUCGUUACUUUCUCCUGGCUCAACCCAUUAUUUUCCAUUGGAAUCAAGAAACCACUGGAACAACAUGAAGUGCCUGAUAUUGAUGUAAAAGAUUCUGCGGAGUUCCUAUCACAAUCUUUUGAUGAGUGCCUUGAAAGAGAUUCCGGCUGA